GCCCCUCCCCAGACCACGCCCCCCUGAGUCAUCGCCCUGCGCGGCCCCGCCGGACCCAGCCAUGCAGAACUAUCGGGGGCUCACGGACAAGGAGCUGCUGGAGAAGCUCAAGAGCUACCGCAUCCCCCAUGGGGCCCUCCAGGGCUCCACGAGGAAGCUCUAUGAGAAGAAGAUCUACGAGUUCGAGACCCGGCGGUGCCGGCGGGGGGGUGGCGAUGGUCCCGACCACGACGGGCCCCCCCUGGACUAUGGGGGAGCAGCACGAGCCUGGCAGCCUAUCACGGAGCGUUUCCGAGGCCCCCCCGGGCUGAUGGAGGAGGAGCAGAGGCUGGACCCUCCCAGUUGGGGGCCCGGGGGGGGCCCGUUGCCGCGGGAACCGCUGCGGCCCCCCCCGCCUCCGCCUCCCCCCACGGGCCUCCCCCGGCGCCUCCUCCCGCUGCGGCCGCAGCUCCUGGCCCUGGGGCUCCUCGUGGCCCUUCUGGUGCUGCUGCACUUCGGGGGGGGGGGGGGGCACCCCCGAAACCACCCCCCCGCGGAGGAGACCCCCCCAUAACCCCCCUCCUCGACCCCAAUGUCUCACAGGGACCCCCCCAAACCCCACAAGGACCCCCUCAGGGACCCCCCCAAACCACUCAUUGUCCCCCCAGGGACCCCCUAAUAUGCCUUUGGAACACCCAGGGCCCCCCCCGGACCCCAAUACCCCCAGGGCCACCCAACACUAUUAUG